ACUCGAACCUCCUCCCUACCGCAAUGAAUGCCGCUGUCCUGCACCACCUGCCCCUAAUUGUGCUUCCUUCCCUCUCCCCCACCAGUCCUCUCUCCUACUUCUUCUUGUCCUUCUCUCAACUUCACUCUUUACUCUACUUGUUCUUUCUCUAUCAUCAAUAUGAAUAAAUAAACAAAUAAAUUUCUCUGCCUCCUCUCUCUCUUCCCAACGGCCAUAUAGAUUCAACUCUAGUAGUGUUUCUCUCUCUGCAUUUUUGCAACUUUGUGGUCUUCUUCCACAAGACAAGAGUUGGAGUUCCGGAUAUGGCAGAUGUGGGUGGCACUAUGAGUGAAGUGAGUGCACCUGUUCGUCGCGUGCUUCUCAUUUCUGCUGGUGCAAGUCACUCAGUUGCUCUUCUUUCGGGAAAUGUUGUUUGUUCUUGGGGACGAGGGGAGGAUGGACAGUUAGGUCAUGGAGAUGCUGAAGAUCGACUUUCUCCUACAUAUCUGAGUGCACUGGAUGGCCAUGAAGUAGUUUCUGUUACUUGUGGAGCUGACCAUACAACUGCAUACUCUGAGUCAUUUACACAAGUGUAUAGUUGGGGAUGGGGUGAUUUUGGGAGAUUAGGCCAUGGCAACUCUAGUGACUUGUUUACUCCUCAGCCAAUCAAAGCAUUACAUGGUUUGAGGAUUAAGCAAAUUGCUUGUGGGGACAGCCACUGUCUGGCAGUGACUAUGGAUGGCGAGGUGCAAAGUUGGGGGCGUAAUCAAAAUGGUCAGCUCGGUCUUGGCACCACUGAGGACUCUCUUGUUCCACAGAAGAUUCAAGCUUUUCAGGGCGUAUCUGUCAAAAUGGUUGCUGCUGGUGCUGAACAUACUGCUGCUGUUACAGAAGAUGGUGAGCUCUAUGGUUGGGGCUGGGGCCGAUAUGGAAACUUGGGCCUAGGUGAUAGAAAUGAUCGCUUGGUUCCUGAGAAAGUUUCUACUGUUGAAGUGCAGGGAGUGAAGAUGGUUAAGGUUGCAUGUGGAUGGCGGCAUACGAUAUCUGUUUCCUCUUCUGGUGGUUUAUACACAUAUGGGUGGAGCAAAUAUGGUCAGCUAGGACAUGGUGAUUUUGAGGAUCACCUCACUCCUCAUAAACUGGACGCCUUGCAGGAAAAUUUGAUUUCUGAGAUAUCUGGUGGUUGGAGGCACACCAUGGCUCUCACGUCUGAUGGAAAACUUUAUGGCUGGGGAUGGAAUAAGUUUGGACAAGUUGGUGUUGGUGACAAUGUUGACCAUUGCUCUCCUGUGCAAGUUAAAUUUCCUCAUGAGCAGAAAGUAGUUCAUAUCUCAUGUGGAUGGAGGCACACACUUGCUGUUACAGAAAGGCAAAAUGUAUUUUCAUGGGGAAGAGGUACAAAUGGACAGCUUGGGCAUGGGGAAUCUAUUGACCGAAAUAUUCCAAAGAUGAUCGAGGUGUUGAGUGCUGAUGGAUCUGGUGGACAACAGAUAGAAACCUCAAAAGUUGAUCCAUCAACAGGGAGAAUCUGGGUCUCACCAUCAGAAAGAUAUGCAGUCGUUCCUGAUGAAACGGGGUCAACCCAAACAGGUGUUUCAGUCAAGGGUAAUGGAAAUGAUGCAAACGUCCCUGAGAGUGAUGUCAAACGAAUUCGAUUAGCUGAAUAACCUAUCUCUCAACUUACAACAUCAAUCCUUUGUGACCGCAUACCAUGUCCUCUUCACCCAUCACUGUAAAUCCAUGCUACUUUAUUAUUAAUAAUGAUGUAUUAGUUGUUCGUCUAUUUGGAGGGAAUAUUAUUUGAGUUUACUCAUCUAGUUUCAUGUAAAAUAUUGUCUUUUUGCCUUGUUGAUAGGCAAAAUCUAGUUUAAUAUUAUUCGAGUGUGUUUCUAUGGCUAAA